CUCUUUGCGUAACUCAUAGGGCAGAUUUGAUCUUUAGUACAUUCUGUUUCACAAUUGUGCACAAAUAUUUAAUCUGCCAAUCAAUAGAGCUUUGUAGGUUAUGUGCAUUAGCAGAAUAGUUUCACCAGAAACUCAGGGUUUUAUCACAGGCAUCCUAUCUCUUUGAACCAUAACUGUAGCAACUGAAGAUGUAAAAAUGUGAGAAAAUGUGUAUGCUUUCCAAUUAUUCUGUUUAUUUGAUCAAAAGACAAUAUUUAAUGAAGCCAGAGUCUAAGGAUUUAGACUAUAUUAGAUGGAAGAGGUAUUUUUAUGCUUACUGAAUAAACCUAUGACAUACUAAUCUCUCACUCGUUUUGUGGUGAAACUGCAUGAUGACCCAUUUUUUCCUUAAAAAUAUUUACUUAGUAGCUACAUUACAUAAGGUAUUGCCACAUUUAAACAACCCAAUAAGCAGCUAUGGGGGUUAGGGUUAUACAGUGAGCUGAAUAUACACCUUUGCAUAGGGGUUUGGUGGGAUCCACUUAAUAUCCUCAGAAUAUUUUUUUAAUGAAAAGAAUCUCUGUAAAUAAUCUGUGACAUUAUUUCACCACUUGAGAAACAAUAUUCACGGACACAGUUCAUAAGAAAAGUGGCUGGUCUUUCAUGUUAAUUUGACUAUUGAAGUAGGCACCUCCCAGGAAGCUUGAACUGAUCCCACACAAAGGGAGGAGCAAAAGUUCUCCAUAUGCUGAAGGAUGUGGGGCUGAACUCCAGAUUACUGUGUGGCAACCAGAGGAAUCAGACAUGGGACUACUGCUGCCGAUCCUCCUUGGCUUUCUUGCCACUCUGAUUGGAGGGCUGUAUCUUCUCGGGGUGUUUCGACAGCGGCUUCCAGGAGAACCCCCUUUGGAUAAGGGGCUCAUCCCUUGGCUGGGUCAUGUCUUAGAGUUUCGCAGGAACACAUCAAAAUUCCUAGAGAGGAUGAAGCAAAAGCAUGGUGAUGUAUUCACAGUGCAGCUGGCAGGGUUUUAUAUCACUUUCCUUCAGGACCCCCUAUCAUUUGGAGCUUUUGUUAAGGAGAGUCGAGAAAAACUAGACUUCAGGAAGUUUGCCAGACAUCUGGUGCGCAGAGUUUUUGGAUAUGUAUCUAUAGAGGAAGACCACCACAUUCUCCAUCUGUCCAGCAACAAGCACCUCAAGGGGGACGGCCUGGAGGUAAUGACCCAAGCUAUGAUGGGUAACUUGCAAAACCUGAUGUUGCACAACAUUGGCUCAGCUGCAGAUCAAAGCACUUGGAUAGAAGAUGGACUGUUUAUGUACAGCUACAAUAUUCUUUUUAGGGCUGGCUACCUAUCUCUGUACGGUAAUGUGCCUCACCAGUCAGAAGGAAGUGAAGAGAAAGCAAAAGAGAGAGACAGAGCUGAAUCAGAAGCCUUAUUUUACCAGUUUCGUAAAUAUGACCAACUCUUCCCAAACCUGGCUUAUGGGGUCCUCCCACCGAGGAAAAGGUUGGAAGCGGAGAGGCUAAUGGAAUUCUUCUGGGACGCUCUGUCGGUGCAGAAGACGAAGACCAAGGACAACAUCAGUGGCUGGGUGUGGGACAUGCAGCAGACCAAAGGGGAGUUGGGUGUGACAGAGUCAAUGAUAAACAAGUACAUGUUUGUACUUCUUUGGGCCUCUCAGGGCAACACAGGCCCCUCUGCAUUUUGGCUGCUCCUCUUCCUCAUGAAACACCCUGAUGCCAUGGCAGCGGUGAAGGGGGAGAUAGAUAAGGUUCUGAAGGAAUCAGGGCAGGAAGUCCGACAAGGUGGCCCUUUAGUCAACCUGACCCGCGAAAUGCUGAUGAAAACACCCAUCCUGGACAGCGCCGUAGAAGAGACCCUCCGACUCACUGCUGCACCCCUCCUCACCAGAGCAGUGCUCCACGAUAUGACCCUCAAGAUGGCUGAUGGGCGCGAAUACAUCAUUCGCAAGGGUGACAGAAUGGCAAUGUUUCCUUACAUUGCCGUUCACAUCGACCCAGAGAUCCACCCUGACCCACAUUCAUUCCAAUAUGAUCGCUUUCUGAAUCCAGACGGCAGCAAGAAAACCGAUUUCUACAAAGCAGGGAAGAAGGUGAAGUAUUACAACAUGCCCUGGGGUGCUGGGGUCUCCAUGUGUCCUGGCCGUUUCUUUGCCACCAAUGAGCUAAAGCAGUUUGUUUUCCUCAUGUUGGUCUACUUUGAGUUUGAGCUGAAGAAUCCUGAUGAGAAGAUACCUGAAAUUGACUUCAAGCGAUGGGGCUUUGGAUCCAUGCAGCCCGACAGAGACGUUCAGUUUCAAUACAGACUCAGAAAUUAAACCAAUCAAUCAUUUUGACUUUUCUGAUUUUCUGAUUUUCUGAUUUUGAUAAUCUCUUUAUGCUUUCAAGUGGCUUUUAUGUUUCUAGGAAACAUGAGAUUCUACGAAGAAGUUUUGUUUUUAAUUUUAUACCAAUGAUAUUACAAGCACAUUAUGGAUGUGGCUUCAAACUUAAUAUUUUGGGGUAUAGUUUAAUUGCAAACCAUAUUCUAAAUAAGAGCUAUGAGUGAUCCUCUUCAAGUUUACGAUAUACAAAUGCACUACUAUAUUAUGUGUAAUUUGAAUUAUAUAUUUGUCUCCUAUCAACAAUAAUACAUUGCUCUUACAAAUACUAAUACAGAACAAUGUGGAUAUUGUCAGUGCUUCUUUGCACAGCUGUUUAGGUCUAACAAUUAUUUCAAAGUUUAAGACUUUGUAGUCAGGAUAAAAUAAAUGGGACAUCAGUCAGAGCUGAACAGUUUCAGAUGUUAACUUCUGGAGAGUUUGGUUUUGUUACAGCUCAUUUGAAGAAGAAAUUGGGAAACGAAACAAAGAGUGAGCAUUUUCAGUGGUGCUGUGCUAGAAAGCUGCAACCACGGAAUGUAAUGGCACAUAAUGAGAGGAAAAGAAAAGAAAACAGUUGUGCAUACAAAAUUUUUGUUCUGCAGUGGCGAACACAAGGAGAUGGAAACACAGAUUUAUUAUGUUGUGUACAUGUGUUAACUAAAAGAUUUUUUGAAAAAUAGAAAAAGCAAAGAGGCCGUUGCUUUGUUAAUAUUUUACAUGCAUUUCUGUUUGUCAUGAUGGUAAUGUAUCCAUACUAAAAUACAUUCAUGUUUGUGUAACCUAAUCAGAGAGGUUAGGUGUCAUCUGUGAUAGAUUCUGUCCAACGUACAAGAUGUGUUAUGGUCAAGACAGCAAUCUGUGUUUACAGAGCAUGUGCAUACACAGAAAGAAAUGGUUUCACUAGCAUCAAGGUUCACUUUCACUGUUCUAUUUCCACAAACUGUACCAGUAGACAUAAUAAACUUUGUUGUUGCUGA